UGCAAUACUGCUCUCCCCCCUCCCCCACCCCCUACUUCCCUCCCUCCAUUUGUCCACAUUUUCUCUCUAUCAAAACUUCCAUUCCUCUCUCUCCUCCAAAAGCAUAACACAUCAAUGGAGGACGAAGAAGAAUUCUCCAUUCAAGAAGAAACACAACAAGUCUUGAAAGUACUCCAAGCACUAAAACAAGCUUCACAAGACUUACAAACCAAUCCUGAACCCAACUCGUCCGAGUCAGACUCACCCAUUAAAGCCUUACUCGAGCUCGAAACCGAGUCAAACUCACUCCUCUCCUCUGACCCAAAUCUCUCAAACCUCUCUCACCAUCUCUCUGAUCUCAAAACCCUCAUUUCCUCUCUCCAAAAAUCCAAACUCAAACACGGUCUCCGCUCGUUCCUAACUCGCCGAGUCAAGACUCAUGAAAUCACCCGAGUCGCGGAGUCAAUCGAGUCAGAAAUUCAAUCUUGGAUUGACCGAGAAACAAUUUCAAAUCUCAGUUCAGAGCUUGAAAAAAUCAGUUCUUUAGAGUCAAAUUUGAGUUCUGACGAAGAAGAUGAUCUUGUUCGGAAAUUGGGAAAAGUUCAUGGGGAAAUUGAAGAAGAUCAAGAAAAUAAAGGGGUUGAAGUGAACAAGAAAAAAAGUUAUGGAGAAAAGAGAUUUUUAGAGAGGCAUCCAUUUGCUAGUUGUGUAGCAAGAUUUGCAGUGCAAUUGGAAAUAGGAGAAGGUUUAAGGCAAAGAGAAAAAAGGGCAUUUAAACAAGAAAUUUUGAAGAAAAUUAGAGAGGCUUCUAAUUCUGAUGCUGAAGCUGCCACCAUUGUUGCUGAGGUUUUGUGGGGUUCUUCACCUUGAAAUUAUUGUUCAACAAAAUUCAAGGAAAAUGAAGAAACGUGUAAGUAGUAGUAUAUUUUAUUUUUUGGUAAUCUUUGUGGAUUAGUUUUUAUGUUUAAUUGUGUAUGUAGCUGCUGUUGUAAAGGGAUCAUGAAAUAAAUUCCUUGGAUUAUUUUGUUUAUCCAUGACAA